CCUGUCCCUGUGCGCGGCGGGGCGGAAGCGGCGCGGCGGGGCCGGGGGUGCGAGGCGGCGAUGGGCGGUUACUUUUUGCGAACUGGUGGUGUUGAAGAAACUGAAUGAAUGGAACAGUUAAGGGAUAUAGAAAGUUUGCAUUUCAUGCUUUACGCUUACCCCAGGAAACAAGCAACACUGUCUCUGAAGUAACCAGGAAUCAUUGGAGCUGUGUAUACUGAGGAGCUCUGAGGACUUCCGAAGCGCAAGCGUGCAAUGAUGGAUAACCGUUUUGCUACAGCGCUAGUCAUAGCCUGUGUUCUCAGCCUCAUCUCCACCAUCUAUAUGGCAGCUUCCAUUGGCACUGACUUUUGGUACGAAUACCACACCCUGUCCCCAGCUGAGAAUGUCAGUGAAGCUGGUAGGAGCAUCUGGGAGGAGUUUGUCAGCGAAGAGGCAGAUGAGAAGACGUACACAGAUGCGCUUUUCCGCUGCAAUGGCACAGUUGGGCUGUGGCGAAGGUGUAUCACUGUACCCAAAAACUCUCACUGGUACAGCCCACCAGAAAUGGAUAUGACUACAAACUGUAUCAGUUUUUCCCUCUCUGAUCAGUUUAUGGAGAAGUAUGUAGAGCCUGGAAAUCACAAUAGUGGCACGGAUCUGAAUCGAACUUAUCUCUGGCGAUUGCAGUUUCUCCUGCCCUUUGUCAGCCUGGGCCUUAUGUGCUUUGGGGCUCUGAUUGGGCUUUGCGCUUGUGCCUGCCGCAGCCUUUACCCUGCCAUUGCCACUGGAGUCCUACAUUUCCUAGCAGGGCUUUGUACACUGGGUCUGGUUGGCUGCUAUGUAGCUGGGAUUGAGCUGCUCCAUAAGAAGCUGCCCCUGCCUGAUGAUGUGAGGGGUGAAUUUGGCUGGUCCUUCUGCCUGGCCUGUGUCUCAGCACCUCUGCAGUUUAUGGCAGCUGCUCUUUUCAUCUGGGCAGCUCGUACCAACAGGAAGGAAUUCACUCUCCUGAAAGCAUACCGUGUAGCAUAAGUGCUGCUAACAGAGUACUAGGUUUCCAUGUUACAGCCUCUCCUCCCCCAACCCUUACUACUUUUUUUUUUUUCCUUUUGGUCGGAAUUUUACCUUGUAAUGCGUGGUUCUUGCCAGUUGAGACAAUUUAGCCUGUGGACCCUGAAGACAAAGACCUCUGGGCUAAAUGACCAAACUCUGCCAGAAGUCUGCAGAACUCGAACACGUUUUUAAAUUGGUUUUAUAAGUAUUAUUUUUUAAGCUUCAUUUGAUUGUUGACUGUCCCCUUGAUUAAAUGUAUGUGUCCCUUCCUAAUUUUACUACCCUUUCAGCCUGGAGGAAAUACAAGUGGUAUUGUGGGGUAGAAGAGAUAGGAAAAGAAGCAGGUAGGAAAGAAUGGAGACUGCAGUGCACAAAUAAUAAAUAAUGAGGAGCUGUCUGCUGGUCUGCUACCCCAGCAGGCCAGUGACUGUGGAGACCACCCAAGAGACAUGAGGGAACUUGAAAACCUUGUUAUGGAAAUAUUGUAGCUAAAUCAGUCCUGUGGCUUCACUUUGGGUCUCCUCACAGCUUCCUACCUUCUGCCAAAACUGGUAUAGGCAGAGCAGUUGGCUGUGGGAGUGUCUGCACAGCACAGCAUCCUGAAUGCUGACUCAGCACUUGCUCUUGCCCAGGAGUGGGUAAGUUGACCUAUGUGGAGCUUUGUGCUGCUCUAGCUACACUGCUUCCAGGACCCAGGCUAGUUUGGUAUCUGCACUGCAUGUGAUUGUGCACUGUAAUUUUAACUUGUGGUGCUUUUUUUUGCUGUGAAAUAAGGCUUCCCUCUUGCUGGUUGUGUCGAAAAUGACCCCUCACAAGUUUUUAAUUUAGUGUAUGUGUUUAUCUGUACAUAUAUAAACUUAACUUUUUUAAAAACUCACCUAUUUAUCCUGUAUAGCACUCAACAGGGUUUUUUAAAAGGUGCUGCUCUAUACUCAUCUUGUCCCAAGCCUAUUGAUUAAAUGAAACAAUUAUAAAAAAAACCCUAGACAUUUUCAGAAUUAGAUGAAUCUGAUGGGAGGAUGAGGGAAUGGUCUGAAGUGAAUUUUACUUAUAAAGAAAAGCCAGCAUCUAGAUUGUUUGCUGUUUACAGGAAAAUGACACCAGAAACAAAGAUGUUUGGUUAGAUAUUUUUUAUUAAUUUAUAAGACUACUCCUAACUAAACUUUCUCCAGCUCAUCACUGGGAGACAUACGACCCCAUAAUUUCUAAUUAUUUCACAACUUCAUGUAUUUCUUGUAAAUCACUGCAACUCAAGCCAGACUGGGUAACAUGUCUUGUCUUAAUGUUGUUUUCUAGAUUAAAUUGUUUCAUUCUGAGGCCUUAACUUCCCUCUUUUCCUUACUCAUUUCUUCUAAAAGUUUUUAUAUUAAGCAUUAAAUCCUAACAAAAUGAGGAA